AAAAAAUUAAGCAGCGUUCCCAAACCUCCAAUUCAUAGGCAUCUUUUCGCCAGAAUCUACGUUUCAACCCGCAAUCAAUUGCUGUCCAGAUUGGGUCGAAACAAAAAUGUCGCAAAUCGAUUACGCCCUCUACGAGUCGCCUGUCGGCUAUGCCGUCUUCCAGAUCGUCCGUCAGGCCGACGCCGUCGGCUUGAAGUUGAAGGAGACUCAGGCUGCCGUCAACGACCUCGCCAAGUUUGGCAAGAUGGUCAAGCUUGUUAACUUCUCUCCCUUCCGCGGCCACGUCGAAGCCCUCGAGAACAUCAACCUCGUCUCCGAAGGCAUCUGCUCCGACUACCUCAAGAACGUUCUCGAGCUUAACCUGCCCAAGAGCGGCAAGAAGAGCAAGGUCACUCUCGGUGUAUCUGAGAAGAACUUGGCUGGUGCCAUCAAGAACGAAUUCGAGGGUCUCCAGUGCGAAACCGCCGACACCUCCGAGGUCGUGUCUGACGUGCUCCGCGGCAUUCGCCAGCACGCUGACAAGCUUCUGAGCGACCUCAAGCCUGGCGACAUUGAGAAGGCCGGUCUCGGUAUGGGCCACGCCUACUCCCGCGCCAAGGUCAAGUUCUCUGUCACCAAGAACGACAACCACAUUAUCCAGGCCUCUGCCACGCUCGACUUCCAGGACAAGGGCGUGAACCAGUUCUUCAUGCGCGUCCGCGAAUGGUACGGCUGGCACUUCCCCGAGCUUAUCAAGAUUGUCUCGGACAACUUGACCUACUCGAAGCUCGUCAUUGCGAUUGGCAACAAGAAGUCUCUUACCGACGACUCCCUCCACGACCUUGCUGCCAUUGUUGGCGAGGACGGUGAGGUUGCCCAGCAAAUCAUUGACGCUGCCAAGGUCUCCAUGGGCUUUGACAUCACCGACACUGAUCUUGAGAUCAUCAACCAGCUCGCCCAGGCCGUUGUGAAGCAGGCCACCAACCGCAAGUCCACCUCCACCUACCUCGAGAAGAAGAUGGGCCACGUCGCCCCCAACCUACAGGCUCUCAUUGGCACUCCUGUUGCCGCCCGCCUCAUCUCCCACGCUGGUUCUUUGACCACUCUCUCCAAGUACCCUGCCUCUACCCUCCAGAUUCUCGGUGCCGAAAAGGCCCUCUUCCGUGCCCUCAAGAGCAAGAGCAACACCCCCAAGUACGGUCUCAUCUACCACUCCAGCUUCAUUGGCAAGGCCAACGUCCGUAACAAGGGCCGUAUCUCCAGAUACCUUGCCAACAAGUGCUCCAUGGCCAGCCGUAUCGACAGCUUCACUGAGGAGCCUGGAACCAAGUUUGGUGAGGCUCUCCGCCAGCAGGUCGAGGACCGUCUUGAGUUCUACGCCUCUGGCAAGCGCCCUGCCAAGAACGCUGAUGUCAUGAAGUCCGUCAUGGCUUCGCUCGGUGACAUGGCCGACGGCGAUGAGGAUGAGGAGAUGGAGGAUGCCCCCGCGCCCGCCUCUGCCAAGAAGGAGAAGAAGGAAAAGAAGGAAAAGAAGGAAAAGAAGGAAAAGAAGGAAAAGAAGGACAAGAAGGACAAGAAGCGCAAGAGCGACGAUGACGAGGAAGACGGCGAGAAGAAGAAGAAGAAGAAGAAGAGAAAGUCCGAGGCUGCUGACGACGAGUAGAAGUCUAUUGCUUUCUUUGCAUCGAACUUUGUCCCAGCAUUGCGCUAAAGAGAUAUCUACGUUGGUUGAUUGUUGGAGUUUGUUGCUGGACUUGGUUUCACACGGCGUUAUUACGGAUCUUUCUUUUCUUUGUAGCUGGCUCUCUUAUCGUUUUGCGCGUAUGCUUAGUGCGAUUUUAUGUACAAAAUUUCUGGAUUAAUACACUCCAGUUAUCAAUGGAUAUGAGAUGUUUAACUUGACACUUGGAGAUUUAUGACAUAAAGAGUACAGUAACUGAUAUGCAUACCUGAAUAUGCAAAAUUUAUUUUCAAUGAAUUUAUUAAGCUCAAUUAGGAUUGUCC